AUGAAGCUGAAGCGAAAGUCAACAUUUUACGUGUUCAAUAUACUCAUCCCCAUGGUUCUACUUUCGUUUUUAAACGUCCUCACAUUUGUACUUCCGGUAUCGUCUGGCGAGCGCGCUUCCUACGCUGUCACAGUGUUCCUGUCUUUGGCCGUGUUUCUAACAAUAGUAGCGUCUGAGAUUCCAAAAAACUCCAACACCAUCUCCAUCGUCUCAGUAUACAUGACGGCAGUGCUAGCACUAAGCAUUGCUACUGUGAUGACGUCACUGUUAGAAUUGCGACUGGCGUCCCGAGAUAAGGACAAGGACUUAAUCUGCUCAGGAUAUAUGAAUUCGGGCAUGUCCAACUUCCUGUACGCUACACAGGGUUGCUUGUUGUGA